CAGCAAUCUCACAGUUCUCCCAGCCUGUCACAUACGAAAGUGCGGCCAAACCAUCGACUCAUUCCACGCGGAACAAAGCCUCAUUCCACAAUGAGACGAACAGGCUCCGGCCGCGUCGCGCGCAAAAUCGGCGCCUACGACGAAGACGACAACGACACCACCUCUCCCUCCGACAGCACGCAAAGCGCACCCACCUCAAAAGCCCCUUCAUCAGAACCCGUCGUAAAGCGACCCACCUUCGCGAAGAGCCGAAAGCGCUCUUCCCUACGGAUAUCGUUUGGCGCGGGGGAAUCGGACGAAGGAAGGAAUGAUGGCGGCGCGGCAAGCGAUAGCGCGGUGGUGACGCCGAAGAAGACGAGUCUGAGCCGUGUGGCGAUGGAGAAGAAUGCGGAGAGGAGGGCGAGGUCGCCGCUUGUGCCGGAUAUUGGACGUGCAAGGGAGGAGGAAAGGCCGAGUUAUAGUAAGGAUUAUUUGGAGGAGUUGAAGAAGUCGACACCGUCGACGCCCAGGGAUUUGGUACCGUCGGCUGGAGGGGAGGCGGAAGAGGAGACGAGAGCAAUAGAUAUUGCGUCGAAGUUUGGGCCCGACGCGACACUUGCGCCAGUGGAACCCGUGUCGCUGAUUCCGACGGCGGCGGAGAUCCAGGAGAAGAAGGCUAGGAGGGCGAGGUUGGCGAAGGAGCAGCUCGCUGCGGCGGAUGAUGAGGAGGAGCCUUGGGCGUCGGACGAUUCGGAUGCGUUCCGCACGAUGCGGAAUGAGAUAUCACUGCGCCCAAAAGAGAAGGAGAAGUACGCGGAGACGAGGCUCGUGAGAGAUGAUGAAGACAUCGCUGAGGGAUUCGAGGAGUAUGUGGAAGACGGGAGGAUAUCGCUGAGCCGGAAGGCAGAGCGCGAAGCAGAGAGGCGGCGUCGAGCGGAAAUGGCAGAGAUGAUCAGCCAGGCUGAGAGAGGAUCGGACGAGGAGGGUCCAUCGGAUUCGGAAGAAGAGCGCAACGCUGCGUAUGAAGCUGCGCAGACACGCGCAGGCGCUUAUGGAAGGAAAGAGCACCAGGAGGACGAAGGCGCUCGAACUCCACCACGGAUAACGCCUCUUCCCGAUUUGAGCGAGGUCCUGGAAUCUCUCCAAGCGGACGUAACAGCCAAACGACAACACCGCGAUAUGAUUUUCCAGAAAUUGCAAGAGGUGCGAGAAGAAAAGGUGCGCAUUGCAGACCGACAGAAGUACGUACAAGAGAAGCUCCAGGAGACGGGCGAAGAGUACGAGCGCCUAAGGAUAGAAGCGGGCAUGGUCGCAGCGGUGAAUGGGAUGGAUGAGACCGGAAAGAUCAUCGUGAACCGAGGACUGGAUAGCCUGGGAACGACGCCUGGAAGUGCAAGGGGGUUGGAGAGUAUUGGGGCAACGCCCGCGGGAGGACUGUCAAGGGUGGAGAGUGACGAUGAGUAG